CCCCCCGCCCCUCCCCCCGCCCCUCCCCCCCCCGCAGCGACCCCGGGCCCGGCAUGAAGUACCGGCGCCUCGGCCGCUCGGGGCUGCGCGUCUCCUGCCUGGGGCUGGGAACCCGCGGGACUUUCGGGGCCGGGACCUCGGAGGAGGAGGCCGAGCGGGUGCUGAGCGCCGCCUACGAUUUGGGGGUGACGCUGUUCGACACCAGCGAGGCCUCGGCCAGGGCGGAGAAGUCGCUCGGGCGGAUCCUGAGGAGCAAAGGAUGGAGACCCGACCGGGGCCUCUCCAGGAAGCACCUGCUGGAAGGUCUCCGGGGCUCCCUGCGCCGCCUCCAGCUCGAUUACGUCGACGUCGUCUUCGCCGGGCCCCGCCCUGGCCCCGCCCACAGCGAGGGAAUGGACCCGACCCUGCGGCUGCUGCGCCUGGAAGAGUUGGUUCGAGCCAUGAGUGACGUCAUCGAGCAGGGCGUGGCGCUCUACUGGGGCACGGCCGGGACCGCCCCCGCUGACGUCAUGGACGCCUUCGCGGUUGCCCGGCAGCUGAACCUGGUGGCCCCCGUGUGCCAGUGGGCGGAGCUUCCGCCGGAGCCACGCCUCUUCCGCCAGCUCGGCCUGGGCGUGGUCACUUGGCCCCCGCUGGGCCCCGCGGGCGAGGAGAGCCCCGGACACGGCGCGGCCAAGGGCCGGCCCCGCUGCCCGGUGGCUCCGGGGGAGCUGCAGCCGCUGGCCCAGAGGUUGGGCUGCUCUGAGAGACAGCUGGGCAUCGCGUGGUCCCUGCGCCGCGAGGGCGUCAGCUCCGUCCUGGUGGGGGCCGAGACCCCGCGGGGGCUGCGGGAGCAGCUCCGGGCCCUGCAGCUCCUGCCCCGCCUCGGCCCCGCCGCGCUGCGCGAGCUCGAGCCCCUGCUGGGGGGCGGGGCGGCCCCGCCCUGACCCCGCCCCUUCCGCCGCCUCCCAUUGGCUGCUCCCGCAUGGCCCCGCCCCCCGCGCGCCUCAGCCCUGCCCACCGAGGGCGGAGCAUCUGACAGCAAUAACCCCGCCCCUCAAAAGGGCGGGGCCUACCAAAGCACAAAUCCCGCCCCCCUUCGUGACCCUGACCAAUCGCAGCGCUUCCAGCGGGGGGGUGGGGCCUGGCAGGCCACGCCCCCUCCCGCCCCUCCCCCGCCGUGGGGGGAGGGGAAUAAAAUGGCUUUUCCCACGUG